AUGUUGUCCUUCAUAGACAGCUUAUUCGAGAUGCCUGCGCAGCUCACAGGCGCCUCGGUGGAUGAGCUCAAGCUGAUCGGCUCCUUCCUACUCUCCUAUCCACUGGCCGCUGUGCUGAAGCGCAUCCCCGACAGCCAGCCGUGGCAAAAGAAUGUCUUCAUCAUCGGUGCUUCGCUCUUUUACAUUAUCGGACUCUUUGGUCUCUGGGAUGGCCUGCGCACACUUCUCUACAGCGCAGCUGGAACCUACGUCAUCGCCUACUAUGUGGACGGCUCGCUGAUGCCCUGGAUCGGGUUUGUCUUCUUAAUGGGUCACAUGUCAGUCAGCCAUAUUUACCGCCAAAUGGUGGAUGACGCUGGGGCAGUUGACAUCACGGGAGCUCAAAUGGUGCUCGUGAUGAAGUUGACGUCGUUCUGCUGGAACAUCCAUGACGGACGCCUGCCGCAGGAACAGCUCUCCGACCCCCAAAAAUACUCGGCCAUUAGCAAGUUCCCUAGUAUUCUGGACUACGCUGGCUAUGUCUUGUUCUUCCCGUCGCUGUUUGCCGGUCCCGCCUUUGAGUAUGUCGACUACCGUCGCUGGCUCGAUACCACAUUGUUCGACGUUCCCCCGCGCACUGACCCAUCCAAGGUGCCUGCGACUCGCAAGAAGCGCAAGAUUCCGCGCAGUGGUACCCCGGCCUUCAAGAAGGCCGUCACCGGACUGCUUUGGAUUGGCGCAUUUGUAUACCUCGGUGGAAUCUUCACCACCGAAUUUGUGCUUUCGGAUGAGUUCUUGACCUUCGGUUUCCCGCGCCGCAUGCUCACCGUGUAUCUGCUUGGCUUCACCUCCCGCCUGAAGUACUACGGUGUCUGGUCUCUGACAGAGGGUGCCUGUAUCUUGUCUGGUCUAGGAUACAACGGAUUUGAUCCCAAGUCCGGCAAGGUGUUCUGGAACCGUUUGGAGAACGUCGAUCCCUGGAGUCUGGAGACAGCCCAGAACUCGUACGCCUACCUUGGUAGCUGGAACAAGAACACCAACCACUGGCUGCGCAACUAUAUCUACCUGCGCGUUACUCCAAAGGGCAAGAAGCCUGGAUUCCGUGCUAGCAUGGCCACAUUCGCUACCAGCGCUCUUUGGCAUGGCUUCUACCCAGGCUACUACAUGACAUUCGUGCUCGGCUCAUUCAUCCAGACUGUGGCAAAGAACUUCCGUCGCUACGUCCGCCCCUUCUUCCUUACCCCUGAUGGUUCCAAGCCCAUGCCUUCCAAGCGCUACUAUGACCUUGCCAGCUGGGCUGCCACUCAGCUCACCCUCGGUUUCACUGUGAUGCCCUUCGUUCUCCUCAGCUUCAGCGACUCGAUGGCUGUCUGGUCUCGUGUAUAUUUCUACGGCAUCGUCUGGACUAUGGCCUCGCUCGUCGCCUUCGCCUCCUUCUCCCCAAUCAGGGCCGCACUGGUCUCUAGACUGAAGCGCCGGAACCGGCCUCAUAUGAUGCGCACCGUCAGUCAAGAGACUGUGCGUCCUCCGACUCUGGGUCUGCCUAACGACCCUGAGCGUGACUUUGAUGAGGCCGUGCAGGAGAUUAUGACGGAGAUUGAGUCCCGCCGCCGUCGUGGUAGCGUGGUAACCAUGCCCAGUGGCGAGGAACUGAAAAUUGCCGUCGAGCAGAAGAUUGGGCGUAAGCUGUAA